GCCUGGAAAUUGGAGGACCACCCAAAGUUGCCCAAGGGCAAGGUCAUCGGCCUUGUGGUUCUCGACGGGUGGGGCGAGAACAAGCCCGAUCAGUACAACUGCAUCCAUGUCGCCGAGACUCAUACCAUGAACUCCCUCAAACAGGGUGCCCCUGAUAGAUGGAGAUUGGUUAAAGCUCAUGGAACUGCAGUUGGGCUUCCAACUGAGGAUGACAUGGGAAACAGUGAAGUUGGUCACAAUGCACUUGGAGCUGGGCGUAUUUAUGCUCAAGGGGCUAAGCUCGUUGAUCUUGCUCUUGCAUCUGGAAAAAUAUAUGAGGGAGAAGGAUUUAAAUACAUAAGUGAAUGCUUUAACAAUGGAACAUUGCACCUUAUUGGAUUGCUGAGUGAUGGUGGUGUCCACUCCCGUCUAGAUCAAUUGCAGUUGUUGCUGAAGGGAGCCAGUGAACAUGGUGCUAAAAGAAUCCGUGUCCACAUUCUUACUGAUGGGCGUGAUGUUUUGGAUGGUUCAAGUGUAGGUUUUGUGGAAACUCUUGAGAAUGACCUUGCAGAGUUACGCAGGAAAGGUAUUGAUGCCCAGAUUGCUUCUGGUGGAGGCCGCAUGUAUGUAACAAUGGAUCGCUAUGAGAAUGACUGGAAUGUCGUGAAGCGUGGAUGGGAUGCUCAAGUUCUUGGUGAAGCCCCACACAAAUUUAGGAAUGCUGUUGAAGCUGUAAAGAAACUGAGGGAAGAUCCCAAAGCCAAUGAUCAAUACUUGCCUCCUUUUGUCGUUGUUGAUGAGAGUGGGAAGCCUGUGGGUCCAAUUGUGGAUGGAGAUGCUGUUGUCACAUUUAAUUUCCGAGCAGAUCGCAUGGUUAUGCUUGCCAAGGCACUGGAGUAUGAAGACUUUGACAAAUUUGAUCGAGUGCGAUACCCUAAGAUUCAUUAUGCUGGAAUGCUUCAGUAUGAUGGUGAGUUGAAGCUUCCAAGCCGUUACCUUGUUUCUCCACCAGAGAUAGAGAGAACAUCUGGUGAAUAUUUGGUGCACAAUGGUGUCCAUACUUUUGCCUGCAGUGAGACAGUCAAAUUUGGUCAUGUCACUUUUUUCUGGAAUGGAAACCGUUCUGGGUAUUUCAAUCCUUUUAUGGAGGAAUAUGUGGAAAUCCCCAGUGAUGUUGGCAUUACAUUCAAUGUCCAACCUAAGAUGAAGGCAAUAGAGAUUGCUGAGAAGGCUAGGGAUGCUAUUCUAAGCAGAAAAUUCCAGCAGGUACGUGUUAACUUGCCAAAUGGUGACAUGGUGGGGCAUACAGGUGACAUUCAAGCCACCAUUGUGGCGUGCAAGGCUGCUGAUGAUGCUGUUAAGAUUAUCCUUGAUGCCAUAGAGCAAGUUGGUGGAAUCUAUGUUGUGACUGCAGAUCAUGGUAAUGCUGAAGACAUGGUUAAGAGGAACAAAUUUGGCGAGCCAUCUAAAGACAAGAAUGGCAACGUUCAAAUUCUCACUUCUCACACCUGUCAACCGGUACCUAUUGCAAUUGGAGGUCCUGGGUUGGCUCCUGGUGUUAGAUUCCGCAAGGACGUGCCUGGUGGUGGACUUGCCAAUGUGGCUGCAACUGUCAUGAAUCUGCAUGGAUUUGUUGCUCCCAGCGACUAUGAACCGUCACUCAUUGAAGUGGUUGACAACUAGGAUAGCAUGGAACAACAAAUAUAGCCUGAAUUAUGUCUUCAAAGUUUGAACUGAUUAUGCCAGGCGGCUGCCUGCGGAUUGAGUUUUUAUUAUCCGGCCAACAGGCCAAAUAAGUGCCAAAAAAAAAAAACUGAACUUCAACGUUAAUAGACAUGUAACUGAAACGCUUUCUUAGUUUCUUUCAAUGAUAAUGUGUUAUACCCGCAAGCCCCAUGCUAAUUUCGU